AUGGAGGUGGUUGCCAGAUGCCUGUCGAAGAUUGUGGAUGCCAGUGGCGCGUUGCCUCGUCAGUUGUAUGUUGUGCUUGACAACACAAGCAAAGACAACAAGAAUGGAAAGAUGCUUUGCUUCUGGAUCAAGUUGUGUUUGAUGAGAGUUUUUGAAUCAAUAUACGUUGCCUUCCCCAUCAAGGGGCACACCCACGGGCCUCUUGACGGGGUGGGCGGGCACGCAGUCACUCGUUGCUCCACCCAGACUUUUGACUCGGCUGCUGAGCUGAUCUCUGUCUAUCAGACAUUUUUGGACCGAGCUGAAUUCGAACAAGGUACAGUAUUCAAGGAAGCAUACAAACUGGAUACCUCGGCAGAUUGGUUGGGUUGGCUUGGCGACAUCAAUCUCACGUUCAAAGGACUGACCGGCCCAAAAGCUCCACACGGGUUUCGAAUCUUGUGGAGAAAGGCACUGACAGCGGCGGAGAACACAAUGUCCCACAAGUCGCUCAACGCAUUGAAGAGCAAUGAUCCAAAUGACUUGAUGCUAGCAGUUCACCAGCACAUGUCAGAUGCCAGACCUUAUCAGGUGCCAAAUGAAGACGAGGAUGAAAACCAAGAGCUUCAGGAUGAUGAUGUUUGUGUCAUCGCAGAUGAAAGACAGGAGAACUUGCGUGGGUAG